AAGAUGGCUGCUUCGGCGGCAACAGCGAGUUCUUCCCCCGGUUUGUGUCCAAAUUACGCCGUGAUUUGCUCUUUCUUGGAGCGGUACGGAGUGUUGUUGGACUUACCGGAGCUCAGUUUCCCUCAGCUGGAGAGAUACUUGCAGGACACAUCCUCAGUUCCAAAGCUGCUUGUUGAUCUUCACGUCAAGCUGCUGAGGAAGAUCGGCAAGUCGGUGUCAGCAGACAGAUGGGAGAAGUAUCUAGUCAAGGUUUGCCAAGAGUUCAACACAACCUGGGCAUGGGAACUGGAAGAAAAAGGUUACAAGGAGAUGUCGAUGGAGUGCAAGACGGGGAUACUUAAAUAUUUGUGCGAGUGUCAGUUUGAUGAAAACGUGAAGUUCAAAACUGCCAUCAACGAUGAGGACCCGGAUAAAAUGCGCCUGCAGCCGAUUGGCCGGGACAAAGACGGACAGAUGUACUGGUUUCAGCUGGACCAAGAUGAUAAUGUGCGUGUUUAUGUGGAGGAGCAGGAUGACUUGGACGGGUCAUCGUGGAAGUGCAUUGUCAGAGACAGGAACGACUUGGCUGAAGUUGUUGCUCUGUUGAAGACACAAAUUGACCCUGAGCUUCUGAAAAAAGAACAGGAAAGCAAAGCUGACGGUGAAGAGGACAAAGAAAAAGAAGGUGAAGCUAAAAAGACUGAAGAUACGUCAGAUGAGGACAGAAAAGACUCAAACAAGGCAGCUUGUCCGGUCUCACCAAAGUCAGAAAACAAUGAAGCAACACAGAAAGACGAACUGAAGUCAGGAACCCUUGAGGCCACAUCAUCACUGAACGGCAUCGUUGAAGGUAAAUCCGAGGCAGAGCUCCACUCAGAAAACACCAGCCCCAAAGCCCCAAACAUCAAGGAAGAGCCGAUGGAGGUGAAAACAUCCUCUGAGACGUCAUGUGUCCCAAUAAAGGUUGAAAAAGGAGAGGAGGUGAAGAAGAACAGUUCUGAGGAGGUCCAGCAGCAGAAGAAUGACCAGCAGGCUAAAAUCCCCCUGAAAAAACGAGGGAUGAAGUUUAGUGAAGACUUUGAAAAAAACGGGGCCAUUACAGUGCAAAAUCCAUCUGCUUCUAAAGCUGAUGGGACUCCUGAGCAGACCCAGAAAGGUCAGAGAGUAAAUGAUCACGUUAACGGUGACCUUCAGCCUCCAAAAGAAGCUGACGAAGAGCCGACGAAUAAAACCGCUGCAGGUAAAUCUGUGGACACCAGAGAAAACAUUCCAGUUGCUGAUGAGGAAGCCUCGAAGGAGGUCCUGAAAGAUGCUGCAUCACGUCAAGAAGACUCAGUGAAGACGAGAGAUGUGCAGGAAGAAAAGGAAACCCACGAGUCUCCCCCACCACCACAAGGACCUUUGAGUAAAGAUGUAAAUAUCGCUGAUGAGAAAUCCUUAAAUCAUGAGGAACAUGAGAAAAUGGAAGAAUCCAAACCAGCAGAUAGGGAAGAGUCUCGUACGGCGAGCAUGACUGUAGUAAAGGGAUCUGACAACCCAAGUUUAAAUCAUGAAGUUAAAUCCAAAGAAACUGAGUCAAAACCUUCAGAUCAUGUACAGAUAGAAACAUCUGAGUUAGUCCAGAAUAAGAAAUCAGAGAUGACAGGAAGCCUAAAAGAUGAGCAAAAGGAAACAAAAGCUCAUAAAGAAUCAGAGACAUCAGACGCUGACAUUAAGGAAUCGGACCACUCUGCUCUGAAAGAGAAGCUAGACGACGUUGAAACGACGAAGUCCACAGACGAAGACCCUGCUGAGAAAUCUGUUGACUCUAAUGCUGCUGCGUUACCAUGUGGCAUUAAAAGAAAAGACGAAUCCUCAAUCAGCAGCAAAACGGAAGAAACCGUCAGCACCGAGGAGCGUUUGGACCAUCCUGAUGUUAAAGAAGACAAAUCAGAAUCAUGUAAACCCACUGAAAAAAACAGUAACAUUCAGGAGAUCAUGGAAAGCACAGAAAAACCCACAAACGUGGAGAAAAAAGUCAACUGUGAAGACGGAACGAUAAAUGAUGCAGCCAAGAAAAAUUUGUCUGUGUGCAGACCGGUGAUGGAAGAGGAAACAGGCGUUAAACACAAUCUGACAAAACCACAAGAGGAUGACAAAGCUGAGAUGAACCCUGAACACAAGAGGACAGAGGAAGCAAGUGCUGGGAGAGAUAAACCAUUCAGUGUAGUUGAGAAGACAAACGUCUCUAAAGAAUCCGAUCAGAAACCUGAAAGGACAGAAGAAGAGGGGGAGAAAGUGUCUGAUGAGCAGCCUAAGAAAACGACAACAGAGCAGCCAGCAGUAGGAAGUAUAACGGAUGCUGCUGAGGAAAGUGAAAAGGAGAAAGACAAAAAUAAUCUUUCAAAUGACAAAAGUAAUGGAGGAAAUUCCACAACAGAUACACCGUUGAAAAGCAAUGAAGCAAACGAGGAGAAGCCGGCGCAGACGUGGAGCAAAACCUCUGCAGACGUGGAAGAAUCUGAUGCCGAAUCUUCAAAAGGAGCUGAAAAACAGGCGAGCGCGGGGCCAGUCGCUGAUCCGCCUGACAAGGUCAGUGAAGACAAAAGUGAAGAGGAGGACUCUUCAAAAACACAGGUAGCAAAUGGCGGCGAAGCUCCCCCAGAGGAGAGCCCUCGUCGGAAAAACAAGCCCCAGGUGCAUCGGAGGAAAGUUGAGCUUCAGAGAGAGGAGCGACGGGGAGACUCUGAGUCCGACACCAACACCGGGAGAUCUCUGCGGAGAUCACCGAGGAUCUCUAGACCAACCCCGAAGGCCGUGGAGAUCCAGGACAAGAAGACGGAAAAGUUGCAGGCUCCACUGCCUCAGAAACAGGAGGACAACAAGAAAGGGAAGGAGGAGGAGGAAGAGGAGGAGGAGGAAGAGGUGGACAUGAAGUCGGUCCAAAGGAAGCCCAAAGAGAAGAAGGCAGAUCAGGAGGGGCAACCCAAACCAAAGGGAAGAAAAAGACGGAGGGUUCGGUGGUCCAACACGCGAACACGCCGGAAAAAGAAAAACUCAGAGGAUGAAGACGACAAUAGCGACGAGGUGUCCACUGAGGAGGAGGAGAGCGAGGAAGAGGAUGACAGUGAUGAGGACUACAAGGUUGAGCGAAGCAGAAAAAGGCGGAACCGGAAUCGAGAAAGACGGAGUUCAGACUCAUCGACGUCCUCUGAUGACGAUCUACCUCCAAACGAUGACCCCUGCAAACACUGCGGUCUUCCAAAUCACCCUGAGCUGAUCUUACUGUGUGACUCGUGUGAUAACGGCUACCACACAGCCUGUCUCAGGCCUCCCCUCAUGAUCAUCCCUGAUGGAGAAUGGUUCUGCCCACCCUGCCAGCAUAAGCAGCUCUGCGACAAACUAGAGGAGCAGCUCCAAAACCUCGAUGCAUCCUUGAAAAAGAAGGAACGGGCUGAGAGGAGGAAAGAACGUCUCAUUUAUGUAGGAAUCAGUGUGGAGAACAUCAUCACACCCUCUGUGCAGGUGGAGGUGGAGGAAGAAAAGCCAGAGGUCAUCAUCAAAGAAAAGAAAGAACCAAGACGCACAAAGAGCUGGGGCCGGAGGUCAACGAGAGCCAAGAAAACCAUCAGCUACAGAUUUGAUGAAUUUGAUGAGGCGAUCGAGGAAGCCAUUGAGGAAGACAUCAAGGAAGCGGAGGGUGGAGGUGCUGGUCGAGGUAAAGACAUGGCUAAUAUCACAGGUCACAGAGGAAAGGAUAUCUCUACUAUCCUUCAAGCAGAGGAGGGCAAAGAGAACGGCCGGGUGCCUCGAAGCAAUGCCGGUCAGCGCAAGAAGAAACGCCGGCGACUCAAUGAUCUGGACAGCGACAGCACGGUGGAUGAGGAGGAGAGCGAGGAAGAGUUUCGCCUCAGUGAAAGCUCGGAGGAAGAGUUUGUCGCAACGGACAACGAGACAGAAGCAGAGUCUGAGGCGGACUCAAAUGACAGCGGCAGCGUUAGGCGUCAUUCUUCCUCUCUAAGCAGGAAGAAGCUGAAAUGCAGGCAAAGCUCCAGAAAACGCCGGAGACCAAGGGGAUACUCAGAUGAUGAAGAGGAUGAGACUGAUGAGGAUGAGGAUGAAAUAGUGACUGAGGGCUCCAGCGAGUUCAGCGACAGCGAUCUGGACAUGAGUCGACGGCGGUCUCGGCGAAGCCAGAAGAAGCAGGUGAACUACUGUGAGACGUCAGAGUCUGAAGGCUCUCAGGCGGAAACCAACCGAGCCAAAAUGAAACCCAGACGCCACCAGGAAAGCUCAGAAAGCGACGCGAGUUUCUCCAGAGACUCUGAAGAGGAGGUGAGAGAUCGUAGGCUGAAGAGACGAGCUGACUCAUCUGAAGAAGAUUCCCGGCAGCGGCGCCGGCGUCUAGCACUGAAACGCAGGCGAGCUUCAGAAGAGGACGACUCCGACUCCUCAGACGACUCCUCAGAGGAGGAUCGUCCUAUCCGUAAACGGGUGAACCGCAUCGACUCGGACGAUGAUGACGAGGAGCCGGACGAAAAACCCAAGGAGAAAAAAUCAGGGGAGGAGGAGUCAAAGGGAACAAACCCGUUGGACUGCAGUCUGCCGGAGCUGCAGUCCACUAAUGGACAGAGCACGGUGAAGAGCUUUGAGGGCCUCAUCAGGCCUGCCCCCACCGCUCCAGGCCUCAUCCCACAUCUGGAGCCCUCAAAAAACAUCAGCUCCACACCAGCCGCUGCCAUCGCACCAAACGGUCUGGUUGGCCAGGACAUGGCGGCGCAAGACGAUGAGGAAGACGACCUGUUGGGAGUCACAGACCUGGUGGACUACGUCUGCAAUAACGAACAAUUGUAAAAAGCAAACAAAAAAAAACAAAAACAAUGGUGUACUGUUUCUUUUUUGUGGUAUUGUAUUUUUAUAUUGCUUAACUUUAUUAUUCCCUCCCCUGCCAACACUUCCUUGUCACUCUUUGUUACACAUCAUCUGGAGCUUGAUUCUCAACAGUACGAACUGGAUCCUAGUCACCAGUCCAAUGCUGUCCCUGUGGGACUGUUGAACCAGUAUGAGCACCACCAUAUCAGUUUGCCUUCAAACCGCUCACAUCGUCUGACUCCACUGCCAAACCUUCCUCUGAACUUCUUGUCAUUUCAGUACGUUUGUUUUUUUCGUCUGUUUUGUUCCAGCUCCACCGCUGUUUGUACGUUUCUGGAAACCUGACACUAAAUCUUCAUAUUUUGAGGUAAAUUGGUUUUUAGUCUUCAAACAUCAUCAUCCUAUACAUAAAUCUACUGAGAAUUUGUAUCAACAUUGAUUUUUAAGCAUUUUUAGUCUUUUUGCAGUAUCAGAUUUAAAAUUUACCACCCUCUCAGGUCCUUGGAGAACAGAAAAGUCCUCUCCUAAAAACAAAUAUAAAAACAUUACAGGUUAAGUCUUAAGUAUAUUUAAGACUGAUCUGCAAAAAAUAAAUAAAUCCCCAACUCUCAAACAGGUUUCAUAUGGAAAAUAAGUCCUCAUAAAAACAGUGACAUGUAAUCAAAAUGGCAUUUAAAGGGUUAAAAGAAUUUGAAUAAUUACAUAUUUGGUUGUUUUCAUGAGGACUGAAGGUGACAGAGAGAUUUGAGCAAUAAAGGUGGGAAAAUAUUCAUCUGUAAUGUUUUUACAGCAGUUUAUAGGAGAGGACCUUUUUGUCCACUUCCUGAAAGCAGCAUAAAUUUGUUUCUGGUGUCUUCACCUUAAAAAAAAAAUAAAACUAGAAUUCCAAAAUUCCUUAAGAAAAACUCAUUCCUACACACACAAAAAAAGUAUCUCAUAUGGGGUAACAUCCAAAAUGGUAGCCAAUAGAUGAGGGGAAAAUGAUCUAAAUGGACAAAAAAAAGUAAUGAACUACAAGGGUUAAUAACGAAUUGAAUGUUUUAGAAAAAGAAAUUCUCGAGCUGCGUGAGGAUAGAUGCUGCUGUCGUGUCUGGUCUCAUGAAGCUGCAGCUGCUUCAUUUAGCACAAAGACUGAAAUGAUUUUAACAAGAUUAAACUUCUCAACCGGUCCAACGAAGCAGAACCGGGUUGCUCUUUUCGCUCCACUUUUAGAGCUUGUCCACUUGCAGAAGCUGCUUCAUGGAGUUUUUCUAUAUAAGCUUUUAAAUGUUACCAUGAAAGGUUCAUUAUAUAAUAUUUUAAGCCUUAAUAGAGCAGCACAUUUCCUCCUUUUAAUGCGCUAUUAUCCAUCCUACAUUUCUGUUUAGUAGCAGUUGAUCCGACCUCAUGUGCAUGUUGGUGCACAGAUGUUGUUGUAGUUCUUCCAGGUUUUCCUGCACUGUAAAAGGAGAGGAUGGAGAACAUAAAGUUAUUUCUCAAUUUGAGUUUUCAGCCUGAAACUUUGCUCUGAUUUCUAAUUUUGGACCUUCAGUCCUCACUUAUUUAAUAAAGAAAACUGACUGUAAUUUGGCUUUUUAAGCACUAAAAUGAUAUAAUAUUGGGAUUAAAUGUUGUAUUUCAGCCAAAACAAAGCCAUGUCUUUACUCUUGAAAAGUUCACAAUCAUGUCUGAGCUGUUUUCAGUCUGUACGACGCUAAUAGGCUUGAUGUAAGAGUUUUUUUUUGUUUGUUUUUUUUAAUUUGUCAAAGUUUUGGUUGAUAAAUCUCUAUAAUAAGCUAAUCCUUCACACACCUGUGUUAUGGAAAGUUAUUCCCAGUGUUUCCACUGUAAACCACCACCCGUAUACACACAGCCUGUUGCAUCGUUUGAAGGUAUGAAUGUAUAUAUGUGACCAACCUAUGUUUGUCAGUGCCCCCCCAUUGAACUUUUGUAUUUGAUAGAGUAGCUUUUGUAUAUUGUAUACAUGUACAAUUAUUUGAUUUUAUGUGCGCUGCCAUCAGCACUGGUCUCAGUUUUAAAGUUUAUUUGGAGAAAGUCCAAAGUUAAAUUCUCAUCCCUCCUAAUCUUCAGCUCUAGUUUAGCAGCAUCAUAUUACAUUUGUGAUUUUUGUUUUUAAUAAUUAUGUACUUUUUGUAUAUCUAAACCUUUUAUUUGUUGUUUGUUUGAACAAACAUGUAAAGUGUCUUUGCCCCCCCCCCCCCCCCCCCCCCCUGGCUUUUAUUUACAAAAAUAACACUCGGCUCCAAACAAGGCCUGUCUUUCUUCUUCCCUAUAUCUUCCUUUUAUAUAUAUAUUUUUUUUAUCUUUCUUGGACAUCCUUUGUUUCAUAACCUUGAGCUCAUGGGAAGCUGCAGUAAACGGCUCGACCUCAACCCAGAUCAACAUCUUGAAAAUCAAAGUGUAACAAAACAAAAAAAGUUGUAGAAGUGAAAUGCUGGGAUGUAUUUUAUGAGCGAGUAGACGGGGGGAUAAAGACUUUACUGACCUCUGCUGGAACCAGUUUGUGUAUAUCUGUAGUUUUUGCUGUAAUAUAUUUAGAAGCAUUUUUGUAAUCAUUGGAAAAAAGUAUAUUGGGCAAUUCUUUGGGAUUGCAUGAGUUUUUAACUGUUUUCUUUUUGUAGGAAGCGAUUUCGGCACAACAGUUUUUAUAACAAACUCAGAAAUCCACGGCAUGUUUAUCUCCUGGCCUGUUGCAUUAGUGCUGAGACACUUAUGAAGUAAACAUGACAGGAUAUAUCUCAUGAUCUGCAGUCAAACUGCAUCAGUAAGCGUGUUGAGGUGUGUUACAGGAGCUUGGUGAGAAACCUGAUGUAAGAGAAGAAAUGAAGCCUGCUUGUAAAAUAGUUUGUAAAUUACUCCCAGCAUGGUCUUCAGAGGAUAAACCACUCUAUUUAUCAUACAGUUUUGAUACUGGCUGUGGCCAAACACGACUUCCAAGACAAAAACUUAUAUGUACUGCUUUCAGUGUACACAACGUAUACAGUGUAUAGCCUUUAGAUGGACAGAAUAUAGCAAGCUGAAAUAUACAAGUGUCAUAGAGAUGAGUGUUGUGAAUGGAGUCAGAGUAAAGGAGUGAAAAUGCCUGUCUGACCCUGUUUAUAUUUCCUCAGCGAUGAGGAGGACAAAUUCUGUAUUUUCAUGGUUAAGACCUGCGUAGUGGAGAGAAGUGACGGGUUAAGACGGGAAGUCUGUGCCAAUGACUCAAGUGUUAACAUAGUUUCCUUUUUACCUCAUAAUGAAUCUGGAAGGAAAGACACCCUGUCCGCUGUGUAAAGAUCCAAGUAGACUGGUUGUUGCUAUUCUUUUUUUUUUUUUUUUUUCUUUUCUUUUUGUCUGCUUCUUACAUUUUUGUUAAUUUUUCUGUUAUUUCUUAUGGAUCGGAUCUUGUACAUUUGUCAUAAUAAACCUGGUUUUAAGCCACAA